UCGUCCGCAUCUGCUGUGCAGUUUGAGUGAGCGUGCGAGCGAGCGAGAGAGAGAGAAAGAAAGUGAAAAGGAGAAGAAAUACGGCGCUACACAAAAACCAUCGCUAUCGAUUAUAAUCGAUGACUGACAGUGAUAUGGAGAGCCCUUUUCAUUCAUUCUGUUCAUUGAUUCAAUCACUGGAUCAAAAUGAAGAUUCAAUCAUUUUGGAUCGUAAUCUCAAAUAUUUGGCUUAUGACAUAAAUGAAGUGCUUGAAGGUGACGAAAAUAUUUUGUGGUCGGCGUUGCAAUAUUUCAACGAACGAGCUCUUGAAGAUGAGGAUUUUGCUGUUAAUUUUGCAAUGCUAUUCACAUCAUGCCAUUUCGAUGGUUUGCGAGAGCAUUUACAAUCAUCGGAUGGAAAUAGUAUUUUUCGGGCGCAUAUUUUAAAUAUGCUUCAACAAAAUUACUCGAGUGCCGAAAAAUUAAAAUUGCAGAGCAUGAACCGAUUCUAUAAUUCAAUCACAUUGCUAGGUGAAUUUUAUAAUCGUUUGCACCAAAAAUCUCAUCCAGUCUUAAUCAUUGGUCGCAGUCUUAUUGAACUGUUGACCAGAGAGUUGAAAAAUGAAUGCGCCAAUUGUACAAAUGAUCCAACGCAUGUGUUUAAUGUGAAAUUCGCCCGACUGCUACUAACACAAAUUACGUUAAAUGGUUUGCUGGCAAAGGCGCAUCAUUCAAAUGAAAUUGAUGUAUUGUUUUAUGAAUUGCGUAAAUGUUUGAUUGAGGUGCCGAAUUUGGCAUCGGUAACAAAAGCAUUUCUACUCAUGUCAUUUGAUCUCUACUAUAGUGGAUUCAAGAGUGUGGGCACAAAAUUGGAGCAAUUUUACAGUAAAUUUUUGGAUGAACACGAUACGGAAAAUCGUAGCCAACAUCCGUCGAUUGCAUCACGAAAAGAUGCACAAAUUGAUGAGCCCGCGAAUAGCUAUAGUUUGCGUAAUUUGCGAUUAGAUUUUGCCGGUUUAAAAACAAAUGGCGGCAAUGGUGGUAACGCUGGUAAUGGUGGUGGCGGCGGACAUCGCGAAGAGAAUCGACGAAUCAAUCGUGAAUAUUUGAAUCGACCGUUAAAAGCAAGCGAUAGACUGAAAUAUUUUCAAAAUAGUAAUUCCGAAUUAACAAGAGACGCGAAACGACAUGAUGAUGCAUCAAAAUCAACGUUACGCAAUCAACUACGUGCAUCCAGUUCAGAUAUGUGCUUAAGUCACCAAACAAAUUCAUUGAAUAAUAAUCAAUCGGAUGGAAAUGACUCAUCAUCAUUGCCAUCGAUGACAACGAUACAGACGAUGACAUCAACGAUGUCAACGGCAACGGCAACGGCAACAGCAGCACGACCAGCAUUGCUAACAAUAUCAACAAAUUGUCAAGACUCAUUAACGCCACCACAACCGUCAUCAUCAUCCUCAACGACACCGACCAAAGCGGAAACAUCGAUAACUAGUCCAACCGAAUCAUUUGACAGCGGUUUAAUCCAUCCAAAGCUCGAGAAUUUCAAUUGGUUUGAGGCGGUUGAACGUGAAGAACUUCCAGAAUUUAUACCAAAUUUAAAUAAUAGCGGCGGUAGCAAUAAUAAAUUUGAUACACUAAGUUUGGCAUCAUACAGUUCAAAUCCGGCUAGUCCACCCGAACGCAUAUCACCGCAAUCAUCGCAUACGAAUCGCAGUCGACGCAAUAGUUUGAAUCGAUUUCGUUCGGAAUUUUAUCGACAAUCGAAUGAAGAUUUACAACAGAAUGAAAAACGUUCAAAUCGUAACGAUACGAAACAAUCACAAAACUAUCAUCAAAGUUGGCGAGCCGGAGGUGGACGCAAUUCACCGCGAAAUGGAUAUAAUAAACGAACAACCGGCAACGAUUAUGAUCGUGAAAAUUCAAACAAUAAUGGACGACACAGCAAUGAUAACGGUGGCAGUGGUGGCGGCAGUGGUGGCGGCAGUGGCGGUGGUAAUUACAACAAUCGACGAAACCUGAUUCGCGGCGGCAGUGUCGAUAGCAAAGGCAAAGAAUUCAACAACCAACGCACCCGACACGAUUCAUUCAAUCGACGAAACCAGGAGAAUGACAAUUUUGAACAUUUCCAAUCAUACAAUCGCAAAACUUAUUCACGUAACAAAGACAAUUCAUACAAUCGCACGUUACCGCCAAGAUUACAACAAAAAUGGCAACAACAACAACGUGCCACAUCCGAAUACAACAAUGACUGUGAUAAUCCAAAACGUUUCAACAAUCGAAACAAUCAAAGUGGCGCUGGUAAUACCAACAAAGCAGUAAGUGGCCGAACGGACUCGUAAUACCUCGCAACCACACUCAGAAUCAUGCAUGCGAACAACGCGCAAAAAAAUCUGCAUAACACGAAAUGUCAAUAGAUUUGAAUGUGCUUUUCAAAGAGAGACAGAGAGAGAGAGAGUGAAGAAGAAAUGAUGUCAAAGAGGAUUCUUCCUUUUGUAAACGGUCCUACAUAUUAUAUUAUAUUCCCAAAUUGGAAAUGUCCAUUUUUGUUAAAUGUGCAACACAAAUAAGAACAACAAUAUGAAAUGAAAAACAAAUGUGCAUAUCAGUCGAUUGGUUUGCGAUUCAGGCGACAUAACGUUUUUUUUUUUUUAAUGUGACUACGACGACGAUAACAGUUUAUAUGUUUCUAAGA